CGGGGCGGGGCGCUCCCAGUUCCCACCCGCAGCCCAGCGGCGGCGAGCGGCCCGCCCGGCCUCGCCCGGGGCAGAGGCAGGCACCGACAGUUUCUUUAGCAAAUGAUGCCUGGACUCUGAGGAUGCUGUGUGUACCAACAAGUUUGGAGCAGAGCCUGGACGUUGCUUGGUUGCCUGCCUCCCUGUGAAUGUGCGACCAUGUCUGUGAUGGUGGCAAGGAGGAAAGUGAUUCGGAAAUGGGAAAAGCUGCCGGGCAGGAACACCUUCUGUUGCGACGGUCGCAUCAUGAUGGCCCGGCAGAAAGGCAUCUUCUACUUGACACUCUUCCUCAUUCUUGGCACUUGUGCCCUCUUCUUUGCUUUUGAGUGUCGAUACUUGGCAGUUCAGCUGUCUCCAGCGAUCCCUGUCUUUGCAGUGGUCCUUUUCUUGUUUGCAAUGGCCACACUCCUGCGGACAAGCUUCAGUGAUCCUGGGGUGAUCCCAAGAGCUCUGCCUGAUGAGGCAGCCUUCAUUGAAAUGGAGAUUGAGGCAACGAACGGAAGUGUGCCUCAGGGCCAGCGCCCACCCCCACGUAUUAAAAACUUCCAAAUCAACAACCAGAUUGUGAAGCUGAAGUAUUGCUACACAUGCAAGAUCUUCCGGCCUCCCCGUGCUUCACACUGCAGCAUCUGUGACAACUGUGUGGAGCGCUUUGACCAUCACUGCCCCUGGGUGGGCAACUGCGUGGGGAAGAGGAACUAUCGCUACUUCUACCUCUUCAUCCUUUCGCUCUCACUCCUCACCAUCUACAUCUUCACUUUCAACAUCGUCUACAUGGCACUCAAGUCCUUGAAGAUUGGCUUCCUGAACACUUUGAAAGAGACCCCAGGAACGGUCCUGGAAGUGCUUAUCUGCUUCUUCACCCUCUGGUCAGUAGUGGGUUUAACUGGCUUCCACACCUUCCUGGUAGCACUGAACCAGACAACCAAUGAAGAUAUUAAGGGGUCAUGGACUGGGAAGAACCGUGUGCAGAAUCCCUACAGCCAUGGAAACAUUGUGAAGAACUGCUGUGAGGUGCUGUGUGGGCCUCUACCACCUAGCGUGUUGGAUAGACGGGGCAUCUUGCAUCAGGAGGAAAGCAGUGCUCGGGAGGAAAGCAGUGCUCGAGGGCCCAGCAUGCAGAAAGAGAGCAGUGCUCAGGAGCCUGGCACCACUCAGGGGCUCGGUGCGCAGGAGGAGAGUGGUUCCCAGAAGGGCCGCAACAGCCCUACACAUCAUGCUGCCGUCCCCUUGCCACCACUGAACAGUGUUAAAACACCGGAGGAGACUCAGCCGACUGUUGUGGAGCCCCCAGCCCAACCUGGGGAUGAUGGUCAAGCAGAGCACUAGCCUGUCUGAGCAGGCGAACUUUCUUGUUUUGUCUGAUCAAAGCUGGAAGCGAUUGAGGAAAGGAGAUGAUGAGCCGGAUGGUGUGCAAGCGUGCGAGUCCUCAUGGCUGUUUUGCUUUAGUCUUUAUCAACUUCUGUUUGCGGCUGGUACAGUGCAGACUGCAGAAUGCCUGGCACAGGUGCCAGUGGAUUGAGUGUGAGCAGAGCAUGUCAGUCGUUUCACUGGGUCCAUCUCCACCCUUGCAGCUGGUCUCCCUGCGUGGCUGAAUUGGGACCUGCUUGGUCUGUGGUUGGUCCUCACCGGUUAAACACUAGUCCCUUUGGUUUUGAUCAUCUCUCUGCCAGGUCCCAGCUGUGGCCUAUGACUGAUCAGCUACCUUGUAGUGGAGUUGCCCAGACUACGGCAGAAUCGACCUGCUCCCUGUUGCUAAAGAAUCAUGAUGGGAAGGAGAAUGCAUCCAUAGUGGUAUUCUUCUUCCUUCUCCUUCCCCCAGACUGUGAUAUUGUUUUAUUGCUUAAGGUGGCAGGGAUGGCCAGGAAAUAUUAUUUUGGUGCCAAAAGGGCCAAAAUCCACAGGGGAGGUGUUCUGUUUGGAAACACUCUUUAAGUAGCUCCCUUCCCAGACUUCUCUCUCUUCAUAUGGUGCCACAGGUAUAAGAGCACAUAGGGGAUAGUCUUUACAUGGCAGCCUCCUUUUCUUUCCAUGGGAGCCCAGGCUGGGUUUCCCAGGGUGGCUAGCAGCAGCAUACUGUCCUGCUGCAUGUCUUGGCCCUGCAGUACAUGCAGAUUGGUCACGGUAGGAGUAAAGCAGAAGGGAGGAGCCCUCGGGUGUCUGGCUCCAGUGCUGAAGUUGGGGCAGGAUUUGUUAUUUGGUGUCUUCUCCUUUCUAGUGUCUAUCCCAAGUGAGGGUGCUUCCCUAGGGAAGCUGUGCAGGGGCUGAGUAGCCCUUGCUCUCAGGAAGUUUAAUCUCAAGUUCACUCCUCUUUUUUUUUUUUUUUUCCCCCUUUCUCCCUCCAUCUCAGUCUUCCCCACUGGCUUUUCAGUGUUCUCUGAGCCCCCUCUCCCCUGCUCACUAGUGCUUGCAAACUACUCUGUAUACAGACAGAUGAAGAGGGGUUUUGUUUUGUCCUUGGCCUUGUUGUGACCCAAGGAGUGAAAUGGGGAAACUCCCAGGACCUCCUAGGGGCUCUGGUAGGCCACUGUGGAGUGCUUGGGCAAAUCUCCCUGGCUCUCGCUUGACUCCAUCUGUCUGAUCUCCAUACAUACUGGAUUUUUCUGCCAGGUACCCAGCCCUCAUCACAGUAUUUCAUGGCCACAUCCUACCUAUCUGUAGCAACUCACAUUGGCAGGGCCUGCUGUUGCAGGAGGAGCUGUCUGGCACCUCACUGCUCCUGCCCUAUGUGACCUAGUCCCAGUCAGUGGGAUGGGAGAACUCUGUACUAGAAGACAAUUCUACUAUGUCUCCUUUAUAGCAAUUCAUCUCACUUCCUCCUUCUCCCCUUUUCUCCCCCUCCCUCCCUCUUAGAGAUGGCUCUUUCAAGGGAAUCCUGCAAUUUCCAGCCCCUGGAGAUGGAUUCCUUUUGUGCAUCUUCAUGGGAGAUGGUGCUGCUUGCUGCCAGCUUAUCUGAGGCAAUUUCCAUCUGUCCCCAGACCCAGUGCCUGGUGACUUACUGGAGGAAGGAAGGGCAGCCUUUUCUUCUCCUCCCCUAUCACUUGUUCUUUGACUUUCCCUGCAAGCUGCUGAGGGCAAAAGGAGUUGGGCCUAGUGCUGAAAGUCACUUGGGUCUCCAUCAUUAAUAAGGAGCUCCACUUUUCUCUCACAUUCCUCCCACUCCUUUGCCCCCAUGCCCACUGCCCUGUGUGUUUCUCAGUUGACGUUGGGUUUGAUGCUUCAUUUGCUCUGCUUUGCUUAGGAUGGGUGACCUGCACCAUGUUCCAUCUCCUGCCCCUGCAGUCUGUGUGCAGAGCAGCACUGAGCUCUCUGGGGUAGGGGGUGCUGCUGCCUACCAAAAACUCGGUUGGUAGGCAGCAGCACCUCCUCCCCCCCCACCUGAGAGUAGUGCUGUGUAGAUUUUGGAGAGGAGCAGGAGGUAGGACUUCCAUCCUGCUACUAGGAGUAGGAUGCACAGGCUUGCUAUCCCAUUAGGAUCCCCUUAGCUUUGCUGGCCUGGAUGACCUGGUCCCAUGUCCAUUCAGCCCUAAAGGACCUCUCUGUGUGAUCCUGAUCUAUCCUGCAAGCAGGGGCUAAGUUUUUGCAUGUCUGCUCUUCUCUUUUUCCUACACCUUGAGCAGGGCUCAAAGCUGCCAUUUCCUUUCAACUACACUGCAGGCAGUACUUCCUAGUGCCUGUUCCCUCCAAGAUCUGCCUCAUUGUGGAUGAACAUAGAGAAGGAGCCAUGAGUCUGACUGACCUUCUAGUAUUGCUGAGCCCUCAGCCAGGUUCUGGUUCCCCAUAUCCCACUCUCUGGAACCAUUAUUCCUGCAGCAUAGGCUCAGGUGUCUGCCACUAUUGGUGCUCUGCCCUGGCCCAUGCUAUUGCCCUCUGCUGAAACUGUGGUGGAGGCAGCAGCCAGUCCUCUCCUGCCUGUCCUGCCACACUACUGACCAAAUCUCUUACUUGUUGCAAAAAAUGUAUUUUUGUUUUUACUAAUCUAUUUUCUAAUGUUACGUGUUAAACUUUGCCCACGGGGGCAGGGCACAGACGCUGCUGGCACCUGCCGCUCCUUGUCUGCUCUGUUCAGGUUCCAGUGAAGGAAGCUUUUUUGGAAACAGUAAUGAAGGAAUCUUAAUCAGUUUGAAAACC